UUAAACACCUUUUAUGUUUUUCCAACCAUCCUUAGUGCCUGGACCUGGUUCUUUUACACCACAGUUUUCUGGUUAAAAGUUCCUCCCUGUUUUGAUAUAUUAAUAUUAACUGAAGUCAAUAUUUAAUGUGAAACAUGGAAUCGUGGAAAUGGAAACAAAAGGUGGCUUAAACAAUCUAUACCAAGCUUUGAACAUGUCUCUCAUACAACUUGGUCAAAAUACACGAGUAGAUUACUAUUGUAAACCUCAUACUUCUACCGAAGACAGUUCAAGACCUUCUCAGUGUAAAAGGAGGUCACGCUAAAUACUUGCAACUGUAGUCUGUUGAAGUUGCUUUAAUCUGAAAUAUUUGUGUUUUAAUUACUGCAUACAUAUUUCCUGUAUGUUCUGGGUGUAUUUUGGUUAUAACCUUGCAAAAAUAACAAAAUUUAAGAUGGCCAAUGACUUGUUGCAUAGUAGGUCUACUGUAGAUCAGGUAUCUGCGUGUGUCGUCCCCCACCUGUCCGUGGGAGGGUGCCCGGCCGGUCUCGGGAUCAUUGCAGCAGGUCCCUCGGGUUCCUCCCGCUAAACCCUCUCAGCUGACGUCAGGAGAAAUGGCGGACCAGGAUGGCAGCGACGCAUCUCCUCCCGAGUCCCAAGCGUCUUAUUCCCAGUAUAAAUCGGAGGAUGGCAGAGCGUCUUCAGCCACCCGCCCCAGCUCCUCAGGCUCCGGGCAGACCUACACUCCCACCUUGACCCCCACUCCCACUCCGUCACGCACCACCACCAGCAACAGCCCCAGUAACAAUGCUGCCACCAAAACAGACUCGUUGCUCUUCAACAAGAUCGACGAGAGACAGAGGUUAGCCCGUGAGCGCCGGGGGGAGCGUGAGAAACAGAAUGCUCUGAAGGAGGCCCAGUGGCAGGCACGUGAGGAGCGAGCCAAGCUGCACUAUGAGAAGCAGCUGGAGGAGAGGAGGAGGAAGCUGGAGGAGCAGAGGAUAAAGGAGGACAAGAGACGAGCUGCCGUGGAGGAGAAACGACGGCAGAAACUGGAGGAAGACAAGGCUCGUCAUGAGGCAGUGAUGCGUCGGACGUUAGAGAGGAGCCAGAGAGCCAGACAGAAGCCCAACCGGUGGUCUUGGGGAGGCGCGCUGCACACAAACACUCCCAGCACGCCAGCCGAUGCUGACAGGCGGUCAGUAUCCACAAUGAAUUUAUCCAAACACGCAGAUCCUGUUAUUACCAAGCGCCUCUCCUACUCCUCCGCCACACUCCUACACUCACCAGACCGAGGCUUACAGAUGAGAACAGCCUCCUCUCCUGUCAUUAGCAAAGCUCAGUCCAAACCCCGCCUACACCCAGGAAAGACCACCCAGCACAAAAACACAGGACUGCGCCGUCUUCCGCUGACACCAUGGGAGAGCAAUGUGGUGAACCGCCUGCAGCAGCCAACACACUCCUACCUGGCUCGUAGCCGCAGCGCCAUGAGUCUGUCUGGAGAGCAAGCAGCCAUGCCUGUUUGUCCUCGCUCAGUGUCCUGCCACCCCAUGGGCUCCAUGUCCUUCAAAGCCCUGCAGGCGCAGCCGCUCCCUCACUGCCGCAGCCAGGAGAGGAGCCUCAGCAGGGGGACGGUCUCGUCCUCCGCCACGACUCCCCGCAGGAGAACCACCGGCACCACACAGCAGAAGGACCGCGACAAUGUGAGGAAGUCAUGGAGCAACCUGUCACUCCCACUGGCUCCCAUUCUGACUUUGCCCCCCAACAAGCGCUCCACUUCUCCAGGAAAGAGAAACAGCAAAGUGACAGCGCCCUCUCCUGGCAGGCCUCCACAAAAGUCAGCAGGACGCCCCCCGACCCCCAAGCUGCUUAAGUCUCCAGGGGCAGAGGAUCCUGGAAAUCUUCGUCCUUUUAGGGUCACACCCGAGAGCCCUCAACCCACCAGAGCCCCGGGAGAGGAGGAAGAAGAGCAGGCCCUCAGUCCUCCUCAGCCUCGACCUCAGCCGGUGGGUCAAAACAAGACCAGCAGUGAGCCGACACCACCAGCAGCCAGCGAGGGUAUAAGCAGUCCUCCGGCCCACAAGCCCUCAGCCGGCACCACAGAUCCAGAGGAGGCGAGUCGUAUCCUGGCUGAGAAUCGUCGGCUGGCCCGUGAGCAGAGGGAGAGAGAGGAAGAGGAGCGCAAGCAACAGGAGGAGCAGCGGAGGUUGGCGCAGGAGGAGAUGGCUCGCCGUAAGGCUGAGGAGCGAGCAAAGAGAGAGGAAGAGGCUCAGCGUCAGGCAGAGGAGAUGAGAAGGAAAGAGGAGGAGGAGAGGAAGUUGGAGGAAGAGAGACUUCAGAAAGAGAGAGAGGAGGCAGAGAGACUCCAGAAACAGAAAGAGGAGGAGGAGUCUCGACAGAGAGAGGAGGCAGAGCGACUGAGGCAGGAGAGAGAGAAACACUUCCAGAAAGAGGAGGCUGAACGCCUGGAGAGAAAAAAGCGUCUGGAGGAGAUCAUGAAGAGAACGAGACGUUCAGAUCCAGCAGAGAAGAAAGUUGUUCCUAACAGGAAUGGAGACAAUGCAGUGACCCCUGCUGCUCCGACUCCAUCUGCAGUGACCGCAUCACCAACACACAACAGCAACGGUCGCCAAGCUGACUCCGACACGAACACCACAGCGCUGAGCCGUCCUGACCAGAGGGAGAACGGGGAGUUUGAGGAGGUGAUUGAACUGCCUUCACAUUCCAGGUUGUCUCUUCCUGAGGGAGAAGAGGAGCAGCAGCAGGAGGAGGAGGAGGAGGAGGAGGAGGAAGAGAGAGUUCCUGUCUUAGCCUUCAGGGAGAACGGUCUCCUAAAGCCUCUCAGCGGGAUAGAGGACAUAUCAGCCCAGCAGGGACCAGAUGUUGCCUGAUGCGCUGUUAGGUGGAGAUGAUUGCACACACAGAGGGACAGGAAGUGAGACGGCCAGAGAGAGGUAAGACAGAGCUGCUGGACCAAAUCAAAGGAAGGACUCGCAGCAUCACAGCCAGACUCUUUCAGAGGUUUACUUUCUCACCCUCCCAUGACUGAAGAGCACUGCAGCCAUUUUCCCAAAGAUGGUGUCUCCAAAGACCUCCCUAAAAAUUCUCCAGAGAGACUUUUCCCUCAGCAGACUCUCUGGGGCACGAAUGGUCUCCUCUGUCUCUGAUACAUUCAGUCACAAUGUUCUGUGUACAGCCCCGACGCGACGCGAGAGACAAAUGAUAAUGUAAACUGAGAUCUGCCGUAAAGUCUUCAGCCGUGAUACUUGAAGAGAUUUUGUUGUUGCUGUAGAAAACUGUAAUCAUAUUGACAAAAUCAGCAAAAACUGGAACUCAACAGGCUCCGAAUUACCAGGUUUCAUUCAUCUCUUUAACUGGAACCUCAUAAUUCUCAACGUUUAUAUCGAAACGUUACAGUGACGGGAUAUAGGAAUGACGUCAGUGCAUGAAGAUGUAUUAAAACUGCAGGAAAGUGUCAUGUAAUGUAAUAUAUAUUUUUGCUGUGUCUACAAUGUUUAAAGACUAGAGGUUAUUAUUGGGGUGAGGCAGGAGCGUCAGAGUAUCAUGGAGUUUAAGUUAAAUAUUGACGAAAUGAAAAUACUGUUCUCACAUGAGAAUUAGGGUGUAAACUACAGAUUAUUCUUUGUUUAGUUUUAUUUAAUUGCUGUACAGAUGAAAUGUGAUUCUUUUUUUCUUCCUGUCUUUCUGUUUAAAUUGAGAAAAUGCUUUGACGUUAACCGCCCUUUCAUUGGUUUACCCGUUAUAUUCCCUCCAUCAGUGCUGCAUCCGGUCACGCUGUCGAACUCGGCCGGUGAUGGAGCACGCAGCCGUAGCUUAGCCGCCUUGUAUUGGAGGUUUGUUUUGGCCAAGCAUAAAACAACAACAACAAAAAGCAUUUAAAUAUUUUCUGUUAAUUCUGGGAUAAUCUGAUUCGUUUGAUCUUUUUUGAUUUAAGAAGAAAUGCUGCUAAUUUUGACGUUCCUUUGCCUUACCGGACACAUUGUAGAAAGAAUGAGGUUGAAAUGAAGAUAUGCAUUCCCAGCGUGAGCUCUGACAUUCAGGCCACAUGCCAUAACGCUCCAGUGGCUUCUGUUGCUUGAUUUAUAUUAAUAUGAUGAAGCUCGUGAUGAAGUGUCAGUUAUGUUGUCAUAUGAGAGCUAUGAUGUCAAACAACUGGUCCUUUAAUACACAUUGUCAGUCAUGAAAGAAAAACGAGGGGAAUUAAAGGGUGAUUUUCAACCUGGGCUCCUUAUUUCCUCGUUUUUUUUUGUGUCUAAUUGUCUAAUGAGAACAAUAAAUGUUGAAAUUGGUCCAGUAUUGAGCAAAAGGGAAAAAGGCUGCAACAUAAUAUUAACAGUCAACUGAUCAUCGUUAAUUUACAUCAAAUAAAAGAGCUUGUUUUUGCCACUGACAGGCUCAGUGUCUGACAGCAUUAAAAGGAAAGGAUCCCUACAGAGACAGAC